ACGGGGGAUGUCUUUUCCGCGUCUACUCAAAAUCAAAUCACUCGAUUCGGAAUCAGUUCUCUUCUCGAACUUCGUGACGUUCGCGGUGACAGAAUCGAAUCGAAAGCACAUCGAGAAAAUUUCUGUAUCUAUCUGUCUGACUAUCUAUCGUUCUUCGUACAUAUUUUUGCUUCCGUUUACAUUUCUUUUUUUUCUUCCUUGUUACGUCUCGGUGUUGGUGUUCUUCCUCUUUUUCUUCCUCUUUCGGUUUCUCUUUCGCUUUUUCUUUUUCUCUCUGUUACAUUUAACUCCUUCAUUCUGGUGAGUCUCUUGAUAACGAACACGAUAAAUCUUGGAUAAGGAAAGUGUAAGAAACGGUUAACGAUGAACCUCCCCGAUCAGGAGGUACCUGCUGCUACCGCAAAUUUGGGGAGAUUGCCAUCGGAAGACUAUGGAAGAUUAGCUGUACCGGUGCAAACGACGAGCAGCGACUAUUGUUCUCACAAUAAUUAUUCAACGUCUCAGACGACGAACGACGAGAAAACGCAAACUGGAAGUGAAUUAUAUCCUCCUCAAGAUUAUACGAGACAAGAAUCUUGGCUUCAUGAUGGUAGCAGUUGUGAAACAGAAGGAAGCGAACAAUACGUGCCAGAGUUUCAUCAAAUACCAAAUGGUUGCGUGAAACAGGAAUCAGGGAAUUGUGAAAGGUCCCGAGAAGCUCUCUACCAUCCUCAAUAUACAAUUUCCGUCGCACAUCCAUCCACGCUUAAUACUAAUUUUCUCGAUAUAAAUCCUAGUACUUCGGCUGAUUGUUUCGUAAAUAACAGGCUGAGUCCGCAGAAAAGUGAAUCUUUAAAGAAUGUUGCUGUGAAAGAGGAACCGACUGAUAAGGGUUAUCUCGAGCCAGUUUCUGUGUCCAGUAUUUCGUCUUCGAUAACUCAAAGCUCUCAGAACGUAAACAGCUUGGUUUAUCCGCAACAACAACAACAACAACAACAACAACAACAACAACAAUACGGGAUUGGUACCAGAGAAAGUAGAAGUUCACCAAUACCCAGCCGACCAGCCAGUGCUUUUUCCGGUACAUCGCAAUGGCAACCACCUAUUUCGACUCCGUCGGAAAGCUUUUUACCACGACAAGAAAGCUGGACGUCCGAUGGCUAUGGAAAACGUAGUAUAACUCCUACCUGGACCGAGUUAGGAGUUCAAGCGGAUUCGAGAAAUUCGUCGUGGGAACGACAGAAUAAUUGCUUGCAAAAACGAGGAUCGCCAUCGUCUUCGUGGAGCUCGGAAUAUAUUAGCAAGAGACCAUCGUCGACCAGUGCGGCAACUACUUGGAGCGACGUAACAGUUGGCUAUCAACAGCAAAGACGUGGAUCUCUUCAGCUUUGGCAAUUUCUUGUUGCAUUGUUGGAUGAUCCAACGAAUGCACCUUGCAUCGCGUGGACCGGUCGUGGCAUGGAAUUUAAACUCAUCGAACCAGAAGAAGUAGCACGUAGAUGGGGCGUUCAAAAGAAUCGACCGGCGAUGAAUUAUGACAAAUUAAGUCGUUCAUUAAGGUAUUACUAUGAGAAGGGAAUAAUGCAAAAGGUUGCGGGAGAGAGAUACGUUUACAAAUUCGUAUGCGAUCCGGAAGCUCUGUUUAACAUGGCUUAUGGCACUGGAGGAACUCCUGCACUUUCCACCGAAGUCCAUAGCAGUAUGGUAAGAACGCACACAGUGUCGGGAAAGACGUGUGCCACAAGCGACAUCACCGAGCUUGGUAAACAUUCUACAACCGGCUACGGCGAUGCUGUUCUCGCUAUGUAUUCGAACACGGCUGCAGUUUACGGGCCUUCCACUUUGCAUCAUCUGCAUCAAUACUUGGGUGCUAACGAAGAUUUUAAGACACCAACUACCAGAUAUCAUGCGCAUUACUCCGCUCAAUACGAUAAUCAUCAUCAUCACCAUCAUCAUCAUCAUCAUCAUCAUGCUACUUCAGCUUAUUCGGAAACUUUUAUAAAUUAUGGUCGCUUAUCGACGCUGGAACAUCCCCUUGACAUCAGAUCCCAAGAACAACCAAACAAAACUUCGUACAACCACGAAGCAGAGAAUAUCAAUAGAGAACGAGAGAACUUACCGAUCGGUUACGACGAUACACAGAGAUCGCAGUUACCAGGACCGUCGGCAACAACGGAAACCACGAUAUUGGAUAGCAGUACGAAUUCGAAGAUCGAACAAGCACCAUACGCUUGUUUAGGCGUUGGUAGUUGCGUUUGUUGAAGAUAUGCAAACUUCUUCCCUAUCCUGAAUGUUCAUCGAUAACGAAUUGAAUGUUCUUUGUCAAA